GCAGAGCUCUGAGCGACGUGGCCGGCCGGAGUCCGGAAGCCGCUGGUGAGAGAAGCUGCUGCCGGUCGCUGCUGCUGCGAGAAUCUCCGUGCUGCCUGGAGCGCCCCUGGCACCAUGUUGAAGAAAUUCGACAAGAAGGACGAGGAGUCGGGUGGAGGCUCCAACCCGCUCCAGCACCUUGAGAAGAGUGCAGUACUCCAAGAGGCUCGGGUCUUUAAUGAAACUCCCAUCAACCCUCGGAAAUGCGCCCACAUCCUCACCAAGAUUCUUUAUCUCAUAAACCAGGGGGAACACCUGGGAACCACAGAAGCGACAGAGGCCUUCUUUGCUAUGACCAAGCUCUUUCAGUCCAAUGAUCCCACACUCCGCCGCAUGUGCUACUUGACCAUCAAGGAGAUGUCUUGCAUCGCAGAGGAUGUCAUCAUUGUCACCAGCAGCCUGACAAAAGAUAUGACUGGGAAAGAAGACAACUACCGUGGUCCGGCCGUGCGAGCCCUCUGUCAGAUCACUGAUAGUACCAUGCUGCAGGCUGUUGAGCGUUACAUGAAGCAAGCAAUUGUGGACAAGGUGCCCAGUGUCUCCAGCUCUGCCCUAGUGUCUUCUCUGCACCUACUUAAUUGCAGCUUUGAUGUGGUCAAGAGCUGGGUGAACGAGGCCCAAGAAGCAGCAUCUAGUGAUAACAUCAUGGUUCAGUACCAUGCUCUAGGACUUUUGUACCAUGUACGGAAGAAUGACCGGCUGGCUGUCAGUAAGAUGAUCAGCAAGUUUACCCGGCACGGGCUGAAGUCCCCCUUUGCGUACUGCAUGAUGAUCCGAGUGGCCAGCAAGCAACUGGAAGAAGAGGAUGGCAGCCGUGACAGCCCACUGUUUGACUUCAUCGAAAGCUGCUUGCGUAAUAAGCACGAGAUGGUGGUGUAUGAAGCUGCCUCAGCCAUCGUCAAUCUGCCAGGCUGCAGUGCUAAAGAGCUGGCUCCUGCUGUGUCAGUGCUCCAGCUUUUCUGUAGCUCACCCAAGGCUGCACUCCGCUAUGCUGCAGUCCGCACUCUCAAUAAGGUUGCCAUGAAGCACCCAUCAGCAGUGACUGCCUGCAAUCUGGAUCUGGAGAACCUGGUCACAGAUUCAAACCGCAGCAUUGCCACAUUGGCCAUCACUACCCUCCUUAAGACAGGGAGCGAGAGCAGUAUCGACCGCCUUAUGAAGCAGAUCUCUUCCUUCAUGUCAGAGAUCUCAGACGAAUUCAAGGUGGUGGUUGUCCAGGCCAUCAGUGCUCUGUGCCAGAAGUAUCCUCGAAAACAUGCCGUGCUCAUGAACUUCUUGUUUACCAUGCUAAGGGAAGAGGGCGGCUUUGAGUAUAAGCGCGCCAUUGUGGACUGUAUCAUCAGCAUCAUUGAGGAGAACUCGGAAAGCAAGGAGGCAGGGCUGUCACACCUGUGUGAAUUCAUCGAGGACUGUGAAUUCACAGUCCUGGCUACCCGAAUCCUGCAUCUGUUGGGCCAGGAGGGGCCCAAGACCAACAACCCUUCCAAGUACAUCCGCUUCAUCUACAACCGUGUGGUCCUGGAGCAUGAAGAGGUUCGAGCAGGUGCAGUGAGUGCUCUAGCCAAGUUUGGAGCCCAGAACGAAGAGAUGUUACCUAGUAUCUUGGUGUUACUGAAGAGGUGUGUGAUGGAUGAUGACAACGAAGUGAGGGACCGAGCUACUUUCUAUCUGAACGUCCUAGAGCAGAAGCAAAAGGCUCUCAAUGCAGGAUAUAUCCUAAAUGGUCUGACUGUGUCCAUCCCUGGUCUGGAGAGGGCCCUACAGCAGUACACACUAGAACCAUCAGAAAAGCCGUUUGACCUCAAGUCUGUGCCUUUGGCUACCACGCCUAUGGCAGAGCAGAGAACAGACAGUACACCUACCACAACAGUGAAACAGCCUGAGAAAGUGGCAGCCACUCGGCAGGAGAUUUUCCAGGAGCAGUUAGCAGCCGUGCCAGAGUUCCAGGGGCUAGGGCCCCUCUUCAAGUCUUCACCUGAGCCAGUGGCCCUCACGGAAUCAGAGACAGAGUAUGUCAUCCGUUGCACCAAACAUACCUUCACUGACCACAUGGUGUUUCAGUUUGACUGCACAAAUACUCUCAAUGACCAGACCCUGGAGAAUGUCACAGUGCAGAUGGAGCCCACUGAGGCCUAUGAGGUGCUGUGCUAUGUGCCUGCCCGGAGCCUGCCCUACAACCAGCCUGGGACCUGCUAUACACUGGUGGCUUUACCCAAGGAAGACCCCACAGCUGUGGCCUGCACAUUCAGCUGUAUGAUGAAGUUCACCGUCAAAGACUGCGACCCCACCACGGGAGAGACUGAUGAAGAAGGCUACGAGGACGAGUAUGUGCUGGAGGAUCUAGAAGUUACUGUGGCUGACCACAUUCAAAAAGUCAUGAAAGUAAACUUUGAAGCAGCCUGGGAUGAGGUCGGGGAUGAGUUUGAGAAGGAAGAAACAUUCACCCUGUCUUCCAUCAAGACACUUGAAGAGGCUGUGGGCAAUAUUGUGAAGUUCUUGGGAAUGCAUCCUUGUGAGAGGUCAGACAAAGUGCCAGAAAACAAGAAUACUCACACAUUGCUCCUGGCCGGUGUGUUCCGGGGUGGUCGUGACAUCCUUGUGCGCUCCCGGCUGCUGCUUUUAGACACAGUGACAAUGCAGGUGACAGCCAGAAGCUCAGAGGAGCUGCCAGUAGACAUCAUCUUGGCAUCCGUGGGCUAAAGGCCCAGCAGCCCUACUCCUACCUUCUCCCAACACUACGAAGAAGUUGCUCCUUUUCCAUGAAACUGGUGGAAACCCUUCCACCAUGCCUCUAUAUUCAGAAGCAUUCAGGAAUCAAUGCAGAUUUUUUUUUUUUUUUUAAUUCUACCCUAUUUAUCAGCCAGGACUGCUAGGUUAGAUCUUGCCACCCUGCCUGCAAGAGGAAUCACAAAUGAAUAAAAUAUUCAGACUUUCUCUUCUGUUUAUCCCUAACAAAACUCUCUUAUCCCUGUAGUAAAUUAGCAUGUAUUUCUUGAACAAUUGCUGCUUCUGCAGGCUCAUGCCCAGGGCCUCUACCUCCCCUUGAGGCCUUCCUCCACCAAGUAGAGCACUUGCCUUCUUGGGGCUGUGCCAAUGUCAAGUUUAGGACAGAGGUUAUCCCUUUAUCAGGCUUGCUGAGUCAGAACAACAGGUCUAAUGAGCUGCUCACCUUCAGGCAUUUAUAUAGAUGGAUGGGUGCUCCUAAGGGCUGAAGUCCUUCACCAGAUGUUGCCUGGCAUCAGCUCUGGAGUGGAGAAUGUCCAGGGUUUCUGCUCUGGGUCAGUCCCUGAGUGGGAAGAAUAGUCUCUGUGUUCCCUUUUGGAAUAAGAAAUCCCAGGGUAUAUCUCAAGAUUAAUGGGCUUUUAAACUCAAGUCAGGUAGUGGGCCUCCAGUGAGGCGGCUGAGAUGGCUCAGCUGGUGAACAGACUUGUCAACUAGACUUACUACCUGACCCACAUGGUAGAAGAAGAGCCAACUCCCAAAAGUUGUCCUUUGACCUCCACAUGUACUCCUGAUACUUGCGCAUGCCUACACACAUGUGCAUGUUAGAACACAGGCCUGCACCGUUAGGCCAAAUCCCACAACCUGAAGAUAGCAGGCCAUAACCUCCCUGCAGCUCUCUCUAGGAAAGAGUUAAGCUGUCUAUGCUGUGGCCUAACAGCAGCCCCUGAUUUAUGGUACUAAUUGGCUCCUCCAUGUGCUUUGUUGUGCAUGCUAUGUUGAAGUUAAUGUGAUGUGAAACUUCCUGUCGCCUCUAAAAGGUGAUUUCGCUUGUGUUUGAGGGGUCCAGAGAUGCCUCAUGGGAAUAUAAUAAGGGAAGGCUGCUCUCUGAGGAGGCUCCUCUGGUCUCCACCCAACCCUGGUCCUUCUUAUUCUCUCCCUCCCCUUAAGGCCCCCAACACGUUUAGAUCUCUAUGUAUUGUAUUCUUUCUGUCUAAUGCUUUCUAACCACCUGUAGGCCCAGCCAUUGCCUUGAGGCUCCUUUCAUUCUAAUAAAGCUCAUUGAAGAGAAUA